AUGGCUCUGCAACCAUUACGAGUUAUUAUGUCUGCCGUUGGUACUCUCGCUGCCCCCUCCCCGCCUCCCGCCCCGACCGCUCCGGCCGCCCCCGCCGCCGCCCCCACCACCGUCCCCGGCCUCUUCCGCCCGGAGCCCGGCGCGGCGGCUGCUGCUGCGGCGGCGGCAGCAGCAGCAGCCGCAGCAGCAGCAGCAUCGGUUUCAGGAGGUGUGGAGAGCAGUUCGGGUCCUGGUCCGUGUCCGUGUCCGGCUCCCGUUCCGUGUCCGGGCGCGGCAGCCGGCGGCGGCGGUCCCCCGACGCCUUCGGGCAAACCGGUGUACUCGACUCCUUCGCCGGUGGAGAACACGCCGCAGAACAACGAGUGUAAGAUGGUGGAGCUGCGAGGCGCGCAGGUGGCCUCUUUCUCGGUGGAGGGCUGCGAGCUGAUCUGCCUGCCGCAGGCCUUCGACCUCUUCCUCAAGCACCUGGUGGGCGGCUUGCACACGGUCUACACCAAGCUCAAGCGCCUGGAGAUCACGCCGGUGGUCUGCAACGUGGAGCAGGUGCGCAUCCUGCGCGGCUUGGGGGCCAUCCAGCCCGGCGUCAACCGGUGCAAACUCAUCUCUAGGAGGGACUUCGAGACGCUUUACAACGACUGCACCAACGCCAGCUCCAGACCUGGGAGGCCCCCAAAACGGACGCAGAGUGUGACCUCUCCGGAGAAUUCUCACAUCAUGCCGCAUUCUGUCCCUGGUCUUCUCUCACCGGGAAUUAUCCCACCGACAGGUCUGACAGCUGCGGCUGCUGCUGCGGCUGCGGCCACCAAUGCGGCCAUCGCGGAAGCAAUGAAGGUGAAAAAAAUUAAAUUAGAAGCAAUGUCAAAUUAUCAUCCCAAUAAUAACCAGCACUCAGCAGAGUCUGAAAACGGGGACCUAAAUUCUGCUGUGGGCCUUGAGCUACCUUUCAUGAUGAUGCCCCAUCCGCUUAUUCCGGUCAGCUUGCCCCCAGCAUCUGUCACAAUGGCCAUGAAUCAGAUGAACCACCUUACCACAAUUGCAAACAUGGCUGCCGCAGCACAAGUACAGGGCCCUCCCUCUCGAAUGGAGACGUCUGUGAUUAAGGAACGAGUUCCAGACAGUCCUUCCCCUGCUCCAUCUCUCGAAGACGGUCGAAGGCCUGGUAGCCAUCCAUCUUCACAUCGUAGCAGCAGUGUAUCCAGCUCCCCUGCCCGAACUGAAAGCUCUUCAGACAGAAUCCCUGUCCAUCAGAACGGCCUCUCCAUGAACCAGAUGUUGUUGGGCUUAUCUCCAAACGUCUUACCUGGUCCGAAAGAAGGUGACCUGGCCGGCCACGAGGGUGGGCAUGACUCCAAACGAAUGCACCUGGAGAAAGAUGAGACCCCGCUUUCCACACCAACCACAAGAGACAGCCUUGACAAACUUUCGCUAACUGGCCACGGUCAACCUCUUCCUCCCGGCUUCCCAUCUCCUUUUCUAUUUCCUGAUGGAUUGUCGUCCAUAGAAACCCUCCUGACAAAUAUCCAGGGGCUCUUAAAAGUUGCCAUCGACAAUGCCCGGGCUCAAGAGAAGCAGGUGCAGCUUGAAAAGACAGAACUCAAAAUGGAGCUCUUCAGGGAGCGAGAACUGAGAGAAACACUUGAAAAACAGUUAGCGGUGGAGCAGAAGAACAGAGCAAUAAUUCAGAAAAGGUUAAAGAAGGAAAAGAAGGCGAAGAGGAAAUUGCAGGAGGCGCUUGAAUUCGAAACAAAGCGGCGAGAACAAGCUGAGCAGGCGCUAAAGCAAGCAGCUUCCACCGAUAACCUCAGGGUCCUAAAUGAUUCUCUGACCCCAGAGAUAGAAGCUGACCGCAGCGGAGGCCGAACAGAUGCUGAGAGGACAAUACAAGAUGGAAGACUUUAUCUGAAAACUACUGUUAUGUACUGAGUUCGUCCAGUCGGAACAAUGUGUAUUACCAAUCCAGAGGACUCUGCAGUAAAACAUCCAGUGUUUUCAGAAGUUCUGCAAAAAAAAAAAAAAGUGAGGAAGGUGCUUUGCAGAAAACUUUUAUCACUUCACGUAGCCAUGGGUGGAGAUCUUAAGCGUUUGAUGGGAGCAUCCCCAUUGCAUUGUCCAAGCUCCAUCCUGUGUUACAGAAGACAUUUCUACAAACUGGUGUAGCUUUCCAGGAGCUACCAGGAAAUCUGUACUGAGACUCCAGAGCAAAUCUAUGUACUCCCAUUUCAAUGGAAUAAGAACUAUUAUUCUCUUCUGAAUCUUUUAGGCACAUCAAGGAAAUCUUCCACUUCUCAUCUUAAGCACUCUUAUGCCAAACCAGCAAGAUGGUAGAAAAAGAAUGAUUAUUUCUCAAAUGGGCAUCAGAAGAUUCCUAAAACAAAAAAACUGAGGUUAGGAGUACACAAAACAAAAUGUUAUAUAUCGCUUUCUUCUUUUUUUUCUUCAAAUUCUGAGAAUUGGAUUUUUUUUUUCACACGGCCUUUGCAAGAGACCAAGGUGUACCUUACAGAAUUUAAAUCAGUUUUAUCUCAGCAAAAGAAGUAGUUUGAACAGCAUUUGCGGUGAUCGCAAGAAGAA